CUUGAAGCGGCGGUCACAGUUUUCAAUAUGGCGGAGGGCUACGGCGGAAAAUGAGGAGGGGAGGAUCGUUGCGCCUAACUGCUCACAUUCCGCGGUCCUUUAGAUGUAUUUAUACGCAGAGAUAAUUUUAAUGUACUUGUUUUUGUACUGUCACGCCUGGGGGACAGUUAUCGCUCUGUAAUAUCUGUUUAUUCAGCGAGAAAGUUGGGAAGUUGAGACUAGCUCGCUUGCUAGUCCGCUAUCCGCCGAACUUGUGCAGCAGUUGGCAAAAUAAUCCCUGCUGCUAACCGAACCUACUGCACGGAGGAUAGAUAGAUAGAUAGAUAGAUCAGCGAGCUAACGGAAUUACCAGCAGGUUAUCUCGGUAAACAGAGUCCUGUUACUUCUUUUGGACGCAGCGUGUCAAGACAGAAGAAGCUGGAGAACGUUCAUACGGCUGUCACAGUGGUCUAGCUGCUGUCUUUUCACUACCACGUCUCGCUGGAUCACUAGCAGAAUAGAUCACAGUACAGCCUGGGUCGGCAGGGAUUCUUAUCUUAGCUCGAGUUAGCCAACAGCUAAACAAGCAGGAUUUUAUUUAUUUAUCCAUCUAACCUAACUAACCUAGCUAAAUUAAGUUACCUAGUAUCGAGCUGGAGUAUUUAAAGCGGUUUAAAUCACGGUUUGUUUGUAUUCGCGUGUGAAACCUAAGGCAGCUUGAUUACCCAGGUUAAGUAGCUUAGACGUAGCUAGAGUCUGUUUUCGGCAUCUAGUUAGGGUAACGUUAAUUAACUAAUACUGGAACCUGUUUUUUUUGGAUGGUAUGGUAAACCUGACAGAGAAAUAGCCACAGUGGUCUCUUCAUCAGCUCGUUGUGACCUUCUGCGGGUCUAGAAAACAUUUGGAUUUCUUUGGCUGGCUGACAUUUGGCUGCCUCAGCAGAAAACAUGGCUCGCCACUCUCCUGUCCAGAGAGGUCUUCCAGGGAUGCAGAAUUUUAAAGCUGACCCAGAGGAGCUGUUCACCAAGCUGGAGAAGAUCGGAAAGGGCUCAUUUGGAGAGGUGUUUAAAGGAAUAGACAAUCGUACACAAAAAGUGGUGGCUAUUAAGAUCAUUGAUCUGGAAGAGGCUGAGGACGAGAUUGAAGACAUUCAGCAGGAGAUCACAGUCCUGAGUCAGUGUGACAGCCCCUUCGUUACAAAGUAUUACGGAUCAUAUUUGAAGGGUACAAAGUUAUGGAUUAUAAUGGAGUAUUUAGGAGGAGGAUCAGCAUUAGAUUUGCUGGAGCCCGGUCUGCUGGACGAGACCCAAAUUGCUACAAUUCUCAGAGAAAUCCUCAAAGGGCUGGAAUACUUGCAUUCAGAGAAGAAAAUACACAGGGACAUUAAAGCUGCUAACGUGCUGCUGUCGGAGCAGGGUGACGUGAAGCUAGCUGAUUUUGGUGUGGCUGGCCAGCUUACAGAUACUCAGAUCAAGAGAAAUACGUUUGUGGGCACUCCGUUCUGGAUGGCACCGGAAGUCAUAAAACAGUCAGCUUAUGACUCAAAGGCAGAUAUUUGGUCGUUGGGUAUUACGGCGAUAGAGCUGGCUAAAGGAGAGCCCCCCCAUUCUGAGCUGCACCCCAUGAAAGUUUUAUUCCUCAUCCCAAAGAACAACCCUCCAACUCUGGAGGGAAACUACUGCAAACCACUGAAAGAGUUUGUAGAAGCCUGCCUGAACAAAGAGCCAAGCUUCAGGCCUACAGCCAAAGAGCUGCUGAAACAUAAGCUAAUUGUACGUUACGCUAAAAAGACCUCGUACCUCACUGAGCUGAUCGACAGGUACAAGAGGUGGAAGGCUGAGCAGUGUCGAGAUGAGUCCAGCUCAGAGGAGUCUGAUUCGGAACAAGAUGGGCAGGCAACUGGUGGAAAUGACUCUGCAAAUGAUGACUGGAUCUUCAAUACAAUUCGAGAAAAAGACCCGAAAAAGAUCCAGAAUGGAGUCGCACAGCCCUUAGAAUUGGAUCACAACAAGGUACAGGGCAGUCCACAGAGGCCUUUGUCCCAGAGCUUGUCGACCAUUAUAUCUCCACUGUUUGCAGAACUCAAACAGAAGGGAGGGGUGAGUAACGGAAAGCCAGAGGCAGUGGAAGAGUUGAGGGAGGCCAUAUUCCUGGCUGAAGAGGCGUGUCCAGGCAUCUCGGACUCUAUGGUGACCGAACUAGUGCAGAGACUGCAGAGGUUUGCAGUUCCGAGGGCCUCCUCUCACUGAUUUUGCUGCUGUGGGUUCUCCCCUCUCUGCCUCCUCUUCAACUCUCUCUCACACUCACCCUCAGCCUCCAGCUGCGGCCUGCACUCUCUUCUGUUAAUCCUGGUUUACAUAUCGGGUGAGCGGCUGAUGCUGUGGAGGGCUGGAGGAGGACGCUCUUCGGAAGGCCCGGUGGGGUCGGCCUCCAUCAGAAACCUCCUGCUUGCAGAGCAGUGGGUCGGUUGCACCAGCUGUGCAGGUUCUUUCCAUACUUUAUGUUUAACGUGUGACAUUCAAGUCUUAAUGAAACUGUUUUAUUCUUAACUAACAUGCGAGUCCAAUUGCAACAUGAAUAUUUGGUGAUCAGUUUGUUGUAAAGUUAUUAGCUAGUUUUUUUUUGUUAAAUCCAUUUUAAUUCACUAUCCAAAAGAAAUGGCUGGUUAACAUUGUACUUGGUACCAUGCUUCAUGUUGUUAGGUGCAAUCGAUAGAGAGGUAGUUUAUUUUAUACUAUAAAUGUUUUUUUUUUAUUAAGUUUAGUUUAGUAUUAUUCUUAAGUCAGAUGUCUGAUUUAGACAGAACUUGGAUAGCUGGUGCAACCCAGACAAAGCUCCCUCUCAGAAUGUGCAGUAUGUGAGGCCUUUAUGAGGUGUGUUCAGCCCCAGUUUGUGUGUGUAUGUGAGUGUUUGAGUGUAAGCGAACGUCGUAUGCAUGUAUGUGUAGAUGUAACAGUGCUGUAGUAGGGUUCCUUUUUAAACUCAGGUAUUCUGCUCUCAGUGGCUGGAGUCUUACAGCAGACUGGGCCUUCUCAGCUGGGUGUGUAAAAAUAUGUGUACAUAGUCUCUCCUUUUUACAGACAAGUCACAGAGGUACGCUGAAGAAAACACUGUGUAAAAAUGGCCAAUUGCUUGUGUAGAUACUGUUUGUGAAGAUGUACAUGUUAAAUGGCCAUCACUGAGAUUGCCUUGCCUUUAGUAUUUUUUUUCUUUUCUUUUUUUUUUUUGGCUUUUUUAAAAUAAUUUGAUUUUCUGUGUUAAUAUUUUAAUGGAUUUCGCAAAAAAAAAAAUGCAGCCAUUAGGCUCCAUCGUCAUUCUCUCUUCAGUGUUCACAGUGCCAUUCAUACAUUUAUACUCGCCAAUUGUAGGUGUCACCAUCUGCCAUCCUUUCAUUGCUCCACUUAUUAUUACAAGUCAUGCCAUUGCACAGUACUGUUUUCUGUAAAUCAGGGUCCACAUUCCUUAUAGAUGUUUUUUUGCUGGAAGUUCUAAGCCCAUCUUUUGUUUAUAUCAAACACAAAAUCAAUCUGCUUUUUCUUUAAAUACUAUUCCUCCUGUUUUUCAGGCCAAUUCCUUAGAAAUCCAGUCUCUUUUUUUUAUUUAUGAACUAUUCAUCCUCAGCAAACUCCUCAAGUCUUCCUGGAAACUAAUGGUACCAAGUGUACCAGCAGCUUGAAUUGCACUUAGAUAACUGCCUUUUAACGACGAGAGUUAGCCAUAAAGAUAUAAUUUAAGCAUGAGGUUUGUAGACUGCAGUCCACAAUAUCCUGUACACUCUGCUAAAGCAAGCAGAGCUACAGGACCUACGCUAAUGAAUCUAGCGUGUUAAUAAGCAUAUCACUUUGGUGCAUUUUAUUAUAAUAUCAGUUCAUCAUAAUUGUACGUUUAGGAAAGGUAGCAAAAGACUAGCAGUUCAGUUCAGUUUAGCACCAGUUGAAUUCAUGGCAGAUUCCCUUUCCCUCUCUAGAUGACCUCCAUUGUGUUGUAUCCCAUAAUUGGGUGCUAACGUUGCUUAUAUUCGCAUUCUUUAAUGUUAGUCUCAUAAUAGUAUUGCUAGCUUGCAGCACGAACACCUGAGCCAAGCAGAUGCACUUUUGGACAAAUAGCUACAUUUAUACAUUUUUGGAGCUUAAAAUGCUGUGGCAUUAAACACAAUUAUGAAUUUUGACUAUUUGUGUCCCCUAAGUUGUGCUAAAAGCCAUUUCAGGACUAAUCUAAGCUGCUGGCAGUAAGAUAAAGCAGUAAACGCAGCACCACAAAGGACUGUGUGUCUGCUUUUGGAUUAGUUAAAAAAAUAACAUUAUGAUGCAGUUAACUUGCAGUUUUAUUGUGCUUACAGGUGAUAUUAUUUUUAGAGUACAGAUGGAAAAUUGGUAUUAAAGGAAUAGUUUGUCUGGAAAAAAAAUGUUCCUUUGGUUGGGGAUGCUAGGCUGGGCUAGGCUAACAAAUACUGGCCCAAAACUUACCAAUUUCCUCUCCAAAAAAAAUCGAUAUGUACUAAACAUGUGGAAAAAAGUAGCCUUGCAUCUCCAGUCUAAACUAUAGAAGCAAAUGACUGAUAUCAAAAAUGUAUUGAACUCUGCAUCUGAAGUAAUUAAAAUACAUUCAUUCAAUUUUUACCAGACUAUUCCUUUAAUGUCACUUUGUUCGAUUUCACAGCAAUAUCUUGGAUGUUACGCUAGACAGUUUUUUAGGUGUCAAGUAUUUUAAAUAAGACUGUUCUUUGCCACAAUGGUAUUAACACUAAAUAUUUUAAUUUGAUCCUUUUCAUGGACACUUAUAUAUGUUAAGCGGUUUCAAACAUUAAUGUUGUUCCGCCCCCGCCCCCACCCCACCCACAGCUAGCUCUGCCUUUACUACAUACAUUUUCAAACCCUGCAAGUAAAACUCAAUGUCCUGUUCACUGCUAUAGUUGUUUAUCAUAUGUUACCCUGUCUGCCCCUUUUGCAGAUCCCCUGUAAUGAUAUUUGCACCUUGUCUGUUUAGAACCUGAAUGCGUCGCACUUUGUAACCUGUCCUUUACAGUUCAACGAGAAAUAACACAACAGUUUUUUCUGUCCUUCAUCACUGCAACUGUACUUCUCUGCUAAAAUGGCAAUAAAUUAGUCAGGUCAUCAGGUUUCUCAGCACAGAUAUAUUCUAUGGAACAGAAUUCAAUAUUUUUAUAAGUGUAAAGUGCAGUAUUGUCACAAAUAAAUAAAAAGUGUUAUGCUAAUUAUGAUUUUAAAACAAUGUAAAUAUAAUUUGUCAUCAAAUACUGAGGUACUGAAUUCCUUGCAAGCUUUUGAGCGAUUUCAGUAAAAUAAAACUACUUAAAAUAAAA